AUGGCUUCUCGCGAGCCCUACUACUUCUACAAGGAGACUCGAUUGAACUUCGAGCCUUCUUCCUCUGCCUUCACUGUCGACGUGGAGCUCCCUUCAGCGACUGCGCAAACGAAAGGUCGACGACAUGCGAACGGAUCUGCCACAGUACCUGCCGACACGGAUGCUUUUCGAGCCCGACAUUGCGCCACUGCAUCUGGAACUUACCGCCGAAAACAUCAUCAAUUCCCUGCGAGUUUCCUAUGGAGAGUGCUGGAAGACGACACCGUCCUAAGCUUGCGAGCCAUCGAUGUCUGCAGACCUAAGAAGGCUUCCGACACGAACCUCGUUCUGAACUUCCACUUCGCGAAUCCGAUUAUACCUACAUGCGUCGCCCUCACCGACCCGUCAGAUCAUGAUGCCCUUACCGUCUUUGUCCUUGAUACGGCCAAUCAACUUCACACUCUUUUCUUGAGACCAGACUCAUUUCGCAAGCGGUCGUCCGCUGCAGGGUUGGAUGAAAUCUGCAAGAUCUACACUUCCAAAGCUUUCCAGUUCAAGAAACCGUACAGGCUUGUUGCAGUCAACAGCGACCAGCUAAUCAUAAACCUUGCUGAUGGAGGACUGAUUCGGUUCGACAGGCAGUCUCAUAAUCCAUCACUUACCCCUUGGAAGGAAACAUUUUACAAUGCGAAAGGAUGGGUGCAGGGGAUUCGAAGCAUGAUAGGCAACAGGUCAAGCCUGGACAUCACUGCUGCCGCUGCCGCGGUCCAGACCGGCUUGGGCUUGAACAACGCGUCAUAUCUCUUCACAGUCUGCCUCGACCAUCGCUUACGAAUUUGGAAUCUUAACAGCGGUCAGAUUUUGGGCGCCAUGGACUUACUCAACGCCCCUAGAGAUCCUCAAGAAACCGGAAAGUGGCAACUCGACUCGACGCAGACCAAUUUGAUUCGUAUAGUCGGCGAGACUGAGGGCAAGCGGCUAUGCGUGACCUACUCCCCUGUCGGAUCCGGACAGUUCAAGUUCUGGAGACUCCAGUCUGACGAUGAGAACUCGGUGGACGUCCAUGAUCUAUAUCCCGAAGCUCAAUUCACACCGACGCCCCCACUGGGUUCUGAUGUCUGGACACUUGCUGAUUUCAGCGUGGCUGAACGCGAGACGGCCCACGGCUUCAAACUGUGGAUCUUGUGGAAGAACAACAUGGCCUACAGAGUCCAGGAACUAAGCUUCCUAAUGGACGAGCUGCCCGAUGUCUGGCAUGGCCGUUGGCGAUCAGUCUUCUUGGAUACUGUGGUUCCUACAGCGCCAGCAACUGGCCCUUCUGAUCCUACCGAAUCCACAGAAAGAUGGCUUCAGCUAAUCCUCUCUCCAGGCAGGUUCCCCAAGGCCACACUCGAGGCUGGCUUGAACGCAUACGAGCGGGCUUUGGGGAAGUCAGGAGAGAGACCAACCCGCUCGAGCCAAGGUUUAGCCGAUGCCAUCUGCUCUGCAAUUUCUUCGACCGCGUCACUGACCAAGAACUCGACGGGAGAGAUGGACCACGAGCGAUUUCGCGCUUCGAGUGAAAUGCAAUGGAGGAAGUUCUAUCGAAUCCUGGUCGAGCUUGAUAAACCCAGAGGCGAGGCACUUGCGCUGGCAUACGAGUCCGAGUCUGGAAUGCCAUGGGUUGUAUGUGCGGACAGCAUUGCGGCCAUCAGAGAAUGCAGUGCGCUGGAGCAGAUCUACCACAAUCCACAAGCGCAACACGAAGAUCCGGAGGGCCUCCCUGCCCUCAUUACAACUGGUUGCAAUUUUGUUGAUGGAUUUUCCGACGGCAUGCGUCAGAUCUGUCAAUCUGUUCUGCGGUCAGAACUCUUUGAGGAUACUUCCAAAACGGAUCAGGAACGCAUCCAAUCUUUCUCAGACAAGGCAGGGUUCUGGCGCCAGAUUACUGACGAGGAUUGCCAGCAAGUAACCGACAUGCUUGGGCCAAACUUCGAUUCAGUCAGCACGAAAGUCUACCAGCGCGUGCUGGCAACUUGUGACGAGACCUGGGAUUCUCACCAUCCUACCGAGCAUCCCCUCACCGAGUUUGGACGGCAGAUUAUUGUCAGAGCAGCCCAGGAUAUGGCCGAGCUGCUCUGGAAGGUGUGCUUCGGUCAGCUCAUUCUUCUGGUUCAUAUGGAAUUUGAGUUCGAUCGUCCAGAUGACGCUCUUCAUAAUCGCAUCAACAUUGGGGUGGUUUACCGGAUGCUCCUUCGGUCACUUGGCAGGCUUGAGCUAAUCCGUUGGCUCGCGAAUACUCAAAUAUCGACACCACUCUCUAAAACAGACAGAUCAGAAUCAGUGCCAGGUGGCUCUCCGGUAGUCGCUAAACGACCAGUCGAGGAAUUCAAGACCAUUACGGCCCUGGAGGGCAACGUGGGGCACCUUCUUGGGCUCCCCGAGGCUGAAUUGAUACCCGCUGCUGGAAUGCCCUCGAUCAUCACCAAGCUUGUCGCGGAUCUUUGCGCGCCGGAUAGUGAAGUUGAGUUACAGCCUCAAUACAUCCAAUGUGGCUUGAUCGUUCGCGACAGAGCAGAUCUCGCCGUGGAGCUUGCCCCCUUUUGCGACCAGGACCCAUUCUCGACUUAUGUUCAAGGACGCGUCUAUCUUGCCCUCAAGGACUAUACUACCGCAGAAACGUAUUUCAGGAAAGCAGCCUAUGGCAUGAGCUUGUCGCAAGCAGAGCCCAGCCGACACAGUAGCGGCCUGCUUGAUGAAAUAGAAUGGAAGCGUCUGUACGCAGGAAUGCCACAAUACUACGCUCACAUAGUAGCGCUAUAUGAGAGGCAAAAAGCUUACUCAUACGUUGUCGAGUUCGCGCGACUUGCUUUACAAUUCGUCGGCAGCAAGACCAAUCACGCCGACGAUGUCCGGUCAGAUAUUCAAAACCGCCUGUUCAGCGCAGCUACAGCUGUCUCACAAUUCGAGCUAGCACAUUCGACGCUUGUGGCUAUGAAGAAUCCGGCUCUCCAGCAUGGAUGCCUGCGGAUGCUCAUCCAAAGGAUGUGCGACAACCUCCACAAUGCGGAACUCGUAGAGCUGCCGUUCCCAGGCCUCCAAAACGACGUCGAUGAUAUUCUUGCGCAGAGGUGUCACGGCACGGUCGAUGUCAUAACCGGCGUUCCAUAUCAUCAGAUAUUGUAUUCCUGGCGUAUCAAGCGAAACGACUAUCGCGGGGCGGCGGCCAUUCUCCUUGACCGCAUCCAGAAGCUGAGACAACUUGGUGAGGGCGACCAACUGACGGGUGACGACGUGCUGGAUACGGCAAUAACGCGACAGUAUCUCAUGCUCAUCAACGUGCUCAGCUGCGUGGAGCAGAAGCAGGCGUGGAUCACCACCGAGCAUACACCGCACCAAAUAAAUGGCGCGGAAGUAGUCUCCGGUGGCAGCGAACGCAAGGUCGUCACGUUGGCGGACAUCCGGAAAGAUUACCAGGAAGAGCUCGAUCGCAUCGCGGCGAUUCAGAACAACCAGUUUGGUUUUGCGGCUGGCGAUGAGAUGGAGAUAUUGUGA